CAGGAAACUGGUUAAAUUAGUUCCUGAAUAUCCUAAGAUAGCUUUUUAUUGCUUGGUGAUUCAUCUUUGCCUUUGAUGAUUCUGACCUUAAGAAAUUUCAUAGAAUGGUGAACAUCAACUGUACUGGUUAUUCCUAUGUUAAAAAAAAUCUAUACAAAAGGGAGGAGUUGGGCAAUUGACUUUGCAAAUGACCAAGAGUGACACCCCACUUAAGGAUGUGGAUUUACUCUGCAGACAAGUGGAUGUUUUAUUGGGAAUGUCUGUUGGCAAAGAAAUUAUAUUCACAACUUGCUAAGAAGAUUCCAGAAAGAAUGUUUGCUGACGAAAAUGCUGUAUAAGUCGUAAUUAUUUUUGUUCAUUUAAUUUCAGGAAGAAAUACAUAGCUUUCAUUAAAUCAGGGAGCAAAGCAUCUUGCAAAGCAUUAUGAUGGAGCAAAUUAGAGGCAGAAUGAAUCAGUGCCUCUCCAGAUGUUGUCAAACUAUAACUCCUAGUAUGCAACAAGUUAGUUGAAGGUUUGAUAUUACAGGUGACAUUGCUGUCUCCGGCGUGGGUGUCUCCCUGAUCCAUUUCCAUUUCUGCCUGCUAAUAUUCUAUGGACCCAGCUGACCAGGUGCAGAAGGGUGAAGAUUACAUACGCAUAUUUCUUUAACCUGUGAAAUCCUAUCUGCUCUCCAAGCUGGCGAUGUCAAGGGUACCGAGUCCUCCUCCUCCGGCAGAGAUGUCAAGCGGACCUGUUGCAGAGAGCUGGUGUUAUACUCAAAUUAAAGUGGUCAAAUUUUCCUACAUGUGGACCAUCAAUAAUUUCAGCUUUUGUCGGGAGGAAAUGGGUGAGGUCAUCAAAAGUUCAACAUUUUCAUCAGGAGCUAAUGAUAAAUUGAAAUGGUGUUUGCGUGUGAACCCAAAGGGCUUGGAUGAAGAAAGUAAAGAUUAUCUUUCACUCUAUCUGUUACUGGUCAGUUGUCCAAAGAGUGAAGUCCGAGCCAAAUUCAAGUUCUCUAUUUUGAAUGCAAAAGGAGAAGAAACAAAAGCAAUGGAGAGUCAGAGAGCCUAUCGGUUUGUGCAAGGCAAAGACUGGGGAUUCAAGAAGUUUAUUAGAAGAGAUUUUCUUCUAGAUGAGGCAAAUGGGCUCCUUCCAGAUGACAAGCUCACUCUCUUCUGUGAGGUGAGUGUAGUACAAGACUCUGUCAAUAUCUCCGGCCAGAAUUCCAUGAACAUGGUGAAGGUACCUGAAUGCCGCUUGGCUGAUGAGUUGGGAGGUCUGUGGGAAAACUCUCGCUUCACAGACUGCUCCCUGUGUGUUGCAGGCCAAGAGUUUCAAGCUCACAAAGCCAUAUUAGCAGCCCGUUCUCCAGUUUUCAGUGCAAUGUUUGAACAUGAGAUGGAAGAGAGUAAAAAGAAUCGAGUUGAAAUCAAUGAUGUGGAACCUGAAGUUUUUAAAGAAAUGAUGUGCUUCAUUUAUACUGGGAAGGCACCUAAUCUUGACAAAAUGGCUGACGAUCUGCUUGCAGCUGCUGACAAGUAUGCUUUGGAACGUUUGAAAGUGAUGUGUGAAGAUGCUUUGUGCAGCAAUUUGUCAGUGGAGAACGCAGCAGAGAUCCUAAUUCUGGCUGAUCUACACAGUGCUGACCAGCUAAAAACUCAGGCAGUUGACUUCAUAAACUACCAUGCUUCUGAUGUCAUGGAGACUGCAGGCUGGAAGUCGAUGGUAGUGUCUCACCCUCAUUUGGUAGCAGAGGCAUAUCGUUCACUGGCCUCUGCACAGUGCCCCUUUCUGGGACCCCCACGCAAACGACUGAAGCAAUCCUAAGGCUGGGUCCCCCACUGCACAACCCUCUGUCUGUUUUUUUCUUAAAAAAAUUUGAAGUAGCAACAGAAGCAGUUGCUUCUCCAAACUUGACCAUCAGGUAGAUGAUGCAACCCGUGGAGCUUUUUAUUUUGUUUUGGGUGGGCCAGGGAGGGUUGGGAGGAAGAGUGUUUUGGGACAUGCAGACUUCUAAACAAAACAAAAAACAGUACCAAGUCAACUUUGGGGCAAACAGGGGAGGGAUAUGCUUUGGGAAAGGGAUUGUUCAACCUUCUGUUGCUGCAUUUUCUGUGUGUUUUCCUUUGAAUGGCUGAGUCAAGAACUUAAAAAUUGACUAGGCAUACAAUUCCACAAUCUUAAAUGGAAUUUAAAGUGAAAAAAACCAACAAGAGACUUCUUCAUCUGAUAGCACAGAAGAAAUUGGCAUGCUUGGAGCAAAGAAGACAUUUUCCUUUGUUUGGGAAAUCAAUUGUGGGGAAUGGGGGAAAUGAGUUGGCCAUGGCAAACCAAAUCCCAUGAAAGGAAGCAUCAGUGGAAUUUCUGUUGAAAGAUUUUUGAAACAAGGACAGACCUUCCGACCCAACUGAGAUUUCUGCAUUUACUGUCCAGCCAUGAUGAGAUGAUUACUGUGUCUUGUACAUGAAUUGGGAUGGAAAAGAAAGAAGCAGAUGAAUAAAUCUUGUCUAAAUGACAGCUUCUUAAAAAUGCUGAUAAAGGGACUGCUCCAGGAUACACUUUCUGGAAGACAGGGGUAGGAUGGAGACAGCCAUUAUCAGCUUUCAGGAACUAUUGUGGUUCCUCUUCACUUGGAAUGGGAUAUCCAAGAACAAUGGUUAAUUGUUUAGAUAUUGUGGGAGCUUUGUUCCUCUCCUUUUUUUCCUUGCUUAAUUUUUUUUUUAGUUCUCAACUCCCCUGAUUCCUUCUCCACAUACAAAUCUUUUUUGUUUUGUUUUUUUUUAAAGAAAUUUAAUUGUUCAUGAAUACUCGUGUCAAAGAUUUUUGUUCUGAGUUGCUAAAAACAACUGAGUAUUUGUAUUCAUCUACUGGUUUGUAGAAAAUUUGGUCCUGUUUCAUUUUAAGCUCAUUUUCUGUUACAGGUAAAAUGUUCCAAAAUUGUGGUAAAGCUCUUUUUCUCCUUUUGAGGUUUUUUUUGGGGGUGGGUGGGUAUAAUUACUAUUUUGUACCGUGUGUUGCUAUGUCUUGUCUUCAUGGGUUUUCUUUUCUUUUCUUUUUUUAAAACACAUUUUCUCCACAUAGAAACAGUUCUAUGUGUCUGUUUUAUUGAUGCAAAUAUUUCACAGGGAUGAUAGCAACAGCUGCUAAGGUAUUGGUUUAAUACUUUGGUAAGAUCUUGCUCUGAGAGUUGCUCUCUCUGGGUUCAUGAAGGCAGGUAUUAGUUCUUCAGUAUUUUUUUGUAUUUUUUUUUUCCUUUUCUACAAAGGAAAUUGGCUCAAGAGAUAAGUAUCUGAAUCUCUCAGCCUAUCGAUACCUCAAGUAGAGAUACUGCAUACCACUUGGGAUGGAUAGAGUCUGUCCUAUGGGAUCCUCAUUUUAUCUCUAAGCCUGAGAAAAAAUCCCUAAAGAAAAGCAGAGAAGUAAUAUGGUAUGGAGGAACACUUCCCCAAUUUAAUUAUAAUAAUUUACUCUAUUGAUAAGCAUAAGAUUUGCAUUUUAGACAAUGGGAGUGCAGUUGAUGCAGCACUUUUUUGGACAUGUCCUCAAAGUCCUUUGCCUAAUGUUGCCUUGCCUCACUAGAGCAAUGAAGUAAAGGUAAAAAUAUCCCUUCGUUACAGAGAUGGCUUCUGGAAGAUUUUUUCGGUACACAAACUUUGGCUUUGUGAAGGUCUUCCACACAAAUUCUGACCAGAUUUAAUCUACUAGCUUUUCAGACAGUUAGAUACUGCCACCUAGUUGGCACAGUGAUGAGGAGGACCUGAACAGAAAUUUAAAUUUGCUCCUUUUUUAGGGCCUCAUUUAUUUUUCCUAUUUGAUGUCUCCGCUCACCAACUUCAGUUUUUAGGUCUUCCUUUUCAACCUGAUUAAACUUUUUAUAGCUUGUGGACAUGCUUUGCUUUCACCAGACUCUUUAAUUAGCCUUUUGGUCCCAAAUAACCUGCGUUCAAGAUAUUUUGUACAAACCUUUGAAUUUUCCUUUGCAUUAUGUUAUCUCCCUUUUAUUUUACCAGUGGCUUUGUUUUAAGUUUUGGUUCCACUCUUCCCUUGACUUUGCUUUUAGAAAAUUUCAAUUUCUUUUGAGAAGCUGUGGCUGCCUUAUAAAAUGGAAAUAGGGGGUAAUUCUAGUGAAAAGUGGAGCCCAGUGUUCUGACACCUUUAUGUUCAGAUAAAUGGGACAGUCCUUCAGGUAGAACUGUUUCAAUUUUAAGCUGUUUUAAUAGAGAACUGUGCCAGUUAAUGAUCCUAUAUCUGGCAGAAGUUUUCCAGAAGGUGAAAACAGAGGAGUCUUAAUCAUGAAGCAGAGCAAACCAGAAAGGAAGUUAAUGAGCAAGUGAUCUAUAUACUAACAAGCAGAAGUAUAGAGAGAAAGGAGAGUCUUGAGUUAGAAAAUACCAAGAAAGAAAAGCAGUUUGAACUUAACUUAGGAUGGAACUGUUAGCCCAUGCCGGAAACAGGAGUGACAUGAUAAUCCUUAUUAGUGGACAAGUGUUAAAGAGGUGGAUUAAGACUCUGGAAACCUGUGCAAAUUCUUGCCUCCAAUGGAAAUGCACUGUUUUCUUGCCCUUCCAUCAUCCCUGUUGUGAACUGGAUGAGGAUAAUAUUGAUCUAUCCUGCAGUGUUGUAGGAGUUCUGGGAUUUUUCUUAAAAACACACACACAUAUAUAAAUCCAUAGUUCUGUACUGUUUACUCUUUCUCAGCAAAAAAUUUGAUUCAGAAAUGACACAUAUGUGGUGGUGACUCAGGUGGGAAUUUUCAACUUCCUUUUACAAUAUUAAAAAAAAAGAUGCCUAAAGAAAUUGUCACAUGUAUGACAGGCUGAUCAACACAGUCACAGCAAAGAUGCUUUAAAAAAACUGACUUUAGAAGACAGCUAAAAUACUAUUUUUACUGGCAUCUUUCUAAAUAGAUUUGCCCUUUUUAGCAUUUUAAGGAAUAGUUAAUGGCUUCUGCAUUUUAGAAGAAAAUGGCUUCUACAUUUUGGCUAAUAUUUUAGACUACAACUAUGGAUCUUCCAUUCUAAGAGGCAGAUUAACAUGGAAUCAUUGCAUUUGACCUUGGAGAAGAAAGAAAACUUUAUGCAUCACAGCAAUUUUUAAGAACUUAAAUUUGCUUGAAGCCUUGUCCAUUAGGCUUGCACUACUCGUGUUCAGCAAAAUUCCAGUAAACCCAAUUUCCCUGCUUAAACAGCAUUUUGAAUAAGAAAGCAAGAUUUGUUAGCGAUGCAUCACAUCUGCUUCUCUAGGUAUGAAUAAAAGAGUUGCUGUAAUUACUCCAAGAAAAGAAGCUGGGUUGUUUACCAAAAGGUUUGCUGUUACUUGACAAAGAUUUCAUCCCCAUUGGAUUUGCAAGAGCAGCUAUAACUGCUCAGGGAGUCUCUUGCCUCAGCUUCUACUUGGAAGAUGCAGACAUUCUUGCAAGAAGUUAAACGGACUUUGACAUCACCAGCCUUGCCUUCUCUUCAGGGAGGCAUUUGACUGGAAAGCGAGGCUGGUUUUGGCAAUCACCUCCCUGGGGGAGCCAUAGGCUCAGGGGCAAGAAAGGCAACCUCUUCAGGGACCUGUGUGGCCUUUCCAGAGGAAAGAAGACCAAGAAUGCACAUCCUCAGUAGUUUAGGAGACUUCUUCCAAGCAAGGAAGGGAAAUUUUAUUUCUGUGACUUCAAGCAAAGAGACACAUUUUAAUCAGGGAGAGUGAUGGAUGGUUCAUUUAACAGAGGUUAUAGGAGCCUGGGAUAAUAGAAGUACAAUUAGUAUAGAAAAUAGCCAAAAACAUACUUUUGAAUCCAUAUUUGUUUCUCUUAACAUAAGUCCAUUUGUCAAUCAGAAAAAGCUAGGAUCUCAGGCAAGGAUUUGAUGACAAUUCAAAACAGGAAGAGGAAUUGUUCUACCAAACAUGUCCACUGAUUCAUUAAUGCCACUUAUUUCUGUUCUGGUAGUAGCUUGUUGUCUAUAAAGAAAGAGCUUGAAAUGAUAAAAUCAGGAAAGUAAAAAAAAAUAAUUGUAGGCUUCCAGGCUUCUUAUUUUUCUAUAUCCAAAAAAAUGCCCUGUGUCAUAAAACACUCAAAUUGCAAGCCAGACUAAUGUAUUGGUUUUCUCAGUUCUGCUGUAGACUAACUGGCCAUACAAGUAGCCUUUUGUCCUAUCCCAUUAUGACUGUUUCUCGUACUUAGAAAAUUGUCAUAUUCAUAAAAAAUUAACAAAAUACACUAGGAAGUAAAGCAGUCAAAGCUUAAAUAAGUCUGCUGCUAUGUUAGCUCUCACGCUGAUUCUUUGUUCUGUUCUGAACUCUAUCUUUUCUGUUAAUUCACAGCAUGAGAUGCUUUUGUGUGUUCUAACCAGGAAUAAGACUUGAUGGGGUGCAUUGUGCAAGUACCAGGGGAAGAUACAUGUAGCAACAAACACUGAAUUGGAGGGGGCAUCAUUUAGAGCUACAUUUUUAGUAAACAGAAUAAGCAACAAAGCUGUGUCCUGAUUAAUAAUCCCAAAUCAAUCACAACAAAACAACGAUCUAGUAGAAUAUUCCUUAUGAAGUAGAAUGUUUCUUAUGAAUGCUGUACUUUAGAUGCUAAGAUUAUAAUAUACAAUGAAGACAAAAGCAUGAUUGAUCUCAGGAGAGGGAGAAAGGUCCAAUCAGAGCAGUCUGACAAUAGAGCCAAUUAUGUUAGGAGAUGGUGGACUCAUUUUCAAGCAGAGACUGGUCACCAUCUGUUACUGAUGCUGGAUAGAGAAUGAGAUUCUGCGAUCUAAACGGCUUAUUCCAGCUAUAUUCAGGGAACAUAGAGAAAAAUAAGCUGAAACUAUCUACUACCCAAGUGGCACAUACGAAAAGAAUAUUUCUGAUGAAGAUUCCCUUGAGUUCAGAGUGUUAAGGCUUUUGAGAUGCUCCAUUUUCCUUGGACCUGUGGUCUGUGGGGCAUAAGUAUGUGGAAAAAAUUAGCCACAGAGAAGGACUUGAAAACCUUGCUUGUUUUUUGCUUACUGUAAAAUUAAGGGAACCUGGUAUUCAUUGUUCUCUACAAAUGCUUCCCCCCCACCCCCACAACUGUUAGAACUCUAGCUGUGGUUAAAUAUUAAGAGAUGUUCACCAAAUUUAAGGAGUGCAAUUAAAAUUUAAACAUUGUAGAGACUUUAGUACACCUGUUCUAUGAAACCCCAAACAAAAUGGCAAAAACUGAAUUGGUCUUUCUAAAAGAUAUUCCAGAUUUAAGGCAUUUAUUAACAAUACUCAAAACAUGAAAGAAAAUAGAGAAAGUAGAAAAUAGGAUAUUGGAGGCAAAGAAUUGUCCAAAGUUAUGCCAUCAUAUUAUCAGAACAAUAGCAUAACAUAUUAUUUCAUACAUAGAAUGCCCUAUUGUUCUUAGGAUUUGUUAUUCAUACUACAACUGUUAUUAGGAAAGAAAUAGAAAAUCACUCAAGACUGACAAUAGCUUUAAUGUUGACCAAAGUGCACCAAAUCUAUCUGUACCAUCUAGACCUCAGUAUAUAUAUUUAAAAUUUAGAUCUUUUCCAAGAAGCUUAAUCACUUUUAAAGCCAUUUUUAAAGUUGUGUUGUUUAAGGAUUGAAGGUUAUUCAUUUUAGCUAUGAACAGAUCAUGGGACACUAAGAAUCUAGUGUGGCCUGUGGCUCAAUUCUGGAGAAGAUGCAUUUUCAUAUGGCAAAAGGGCAAAUUUUGAGUAGUAGUUGUAUACUGUAUUACUAUCUCCUUUGGCAGAUGUUUUAUGUCUUAAGUGUUAAAAUACAAAGAUAUGCUUUUAUUGCAAGGGGGAAGGAAGUGAUAUAAAGAUAGGACUUACAUCACAUUCCAUAUAUUUAUUUAUAUUCCGUUUCUAUUCAAUCCAUAAUCAAACUUCCCUAAAUGGCAUGGAGAAUGUCAAAAAGCAACCCAAGAUUAUACAAAUAGCCAAAAGCAAAAUAAAUAUACCAAAACAGCAAGUUGAUAAGGUCAUCUGGAAGAUGGCAUUUGAUGAUUUGAUCUUUGGAACAUGCAGUGAUAAACUAACUCCUGGUAAAGUGAAUUUAAGGUGUUACAUCUGUAGACUGCAAGCUCCCCAAACUUGGUACCUUCCUUCCCAUGUUGGUUUUCAUCCCUCAUCAAUCUAUUGGGAAAGAGUGGCACCACCCAUCUGCUGACCUAGCAUGUUAGAUAGUAUCAAUAAUGUAAGGUUUAAGGAUAAGGUCAAUUCAGCCUAAUCUCUCUCUCUCUCCAUGAGAUCAUAGGAGGCCAACAUUUCCUUUAUUCUCUAGAGAUAAAAGUACCAUUGUGAAAGAUUCAUGCUGAACAAACAGAAAUCAUCCUGACUUUUUGAUUCUGCCCUUGGAUUUAAGCCUUUCCUUUAAACAGAUGUAGUAAUGGGACUUACAGAAGAGGGUAUGAUUUCAGUAGAAUUCAUGACAAACCUGGAUAAAAAGGUAUGCAGCCAAAAUUAGAACUUUCAUAUCCCUAGUUCUCAAAAGAAUUAAUAUUUUAAUAUAUUAUUCAGAAACAAGUUAAUUUCUGUAAACUGUUUAUUACCUCUAAUCACAAAAUAUCUCACCCUUGAGAUAUAUUUCCAGAAGUGGCAUUACUUUGAGCUUUUGGAGAAAAGUGCAUCCAAAGUUGGAGUACAGUACAGUAGUUCUGAGAACAUCCAUCUGGGCAACUUUAUAUUUCAGGGAGCUGCUUAGGAACUGUUCAUGGACAACUCCAGAUCAAUAUUUAAGUGAGAAAGGAGGACAUGUUCAACAAAGCAAGUAAAAAAGAUAUUUGAGUUAUUUGAAUAAUGUAUGUACUCUAAUAGAUCUGCAACCCAGUGUCCUCUGUGCUUCUGUUACAUAAAAAAAUUUCUUUGUUAAUAUUGCUUAAUUAAUUUGAUAAAAAUUUUACUUUGAGAUGUUUCUAAAAAGAGAAGGUACUUUGGGAGAAAUUUUCGUAUAUAGUGUGUGGCAUUGCUGCACUGACCGAAGAACUGUGCAAACACUUCACUAUAUUCAGUCACCUCACCUCUCUGGUAGUUCAUAGGCUCUUUGGCUUUCUAUGUUCAAAUUAAAUAUUAAGAGAAUAUAUUUUGACACAAUUUUUCAGAUUGUCAGUUUUUGAGAAGUAUAGGCAAGCAGGCAGGUUUCCAAAUAUUGGAAAGUUAUGUAACAAAGCAACAAUGCUUGAAGUAGUAGUUCCAGCCAUAAGUAAGUUCAAGAACAUCAAGAAUAUAUUUGAAAGGAGAUUCUUAUACAUCCAAGAAUAAGUGAAUAAUAAAAGCAUAUUUUGGCAAUUUCUGACCCAGUGUUAAUUACACUCAGUGAAUAGCUAUGGUCCUGAAGGGUGAUGGAGCUGCAGUCCAAAUAUCUGGAGAUCAUCCCAACCCUAAAACUAAAAAAAAAAAAAAAAGUGCUAUAGCAUUACCUUUGAUACACAUGUGAAAAUAAAUUUUAUCUAAGCAUCAUUGUCCUUGGAACCUCAUCAAAAGGGGGUAGUAUAUCUGUGGAUGAUGAAAGAUAUGCCUUUAUGGCCAAAGCAAAUUGUCUAGCAGCCCACUGCAAAAUUUUGGUUAUUGCAAAAUCCCUUUAAAAUGGUUAAAUCAAAGUUAUCUUGAAGAGGGAUGAUUAUUUGGUGGUAGUAUUUCUUAUCCUCAAGCUUCAUUUAUCAGCUUAGGAGUAUGGGAUUCAGUACCUUUUUAAAAAAUAAGCAGUAAUUGAUACAGCUGAAGCCAUCUGGCAAUGAUAGGUUCAGGGCUGCAGCUAACUGUUUAUAAACCUCCCACCAAUGCCCCUCCUGUCUGCCUUCAAAAGCCAAACUGCAGUUCUCCGUGUAUGGCUUGUGUCGUGCUAGUGCUACCGUGGAGUGGUGUGAGCCAGAUGAACAGUUGGGAGAGCUGAAUCCCACAACAAAGGGAGGGCUUAUUUAUGUAAAGCAUAAAUUAGCUCCUUAUUUAUUUAUUUACCUACCUAACAAACAAACAAGCCACUUGUAAGUCCAAAGAUGGUAAUAAGCAAUGUUCUUUCUAUUUAUUUGAUUCUUUAGGGAAACUCAGGGCACAUUUCUUCCAACCAGUCUACGAUAUUCAGUAACAAUAGUUUUUAUCUUUUCCAAUUCUGCCUAAAGUAUGUUUUCCCAAGAGAAUAUACUGAACUCAGAUUUCAGGUUUUCAUUUUGUAAAAUCAGGACCAAAUUAGAAUCCAACAAAUCUUUAUAUUACAUUUCAGUUUGUGUUGUCAAAAAUAACCCUGUGGGUGUCCACAGAUUUGAUCUUUGGCAGCUCAGAAACAAAUAUGAAUAUAAAUGGAAUCUUAAUUUCAAUUCUAAUUAUUUUUUAAAAGUCUGUUUUUUUUAAAAAAAGAGCCUAUUUUGACAAAUAUAUGGCAGUUUUGUUGGCUAAAGAAAAAUGUCUUGAAGUAGAAUUUGAAUGUAAUUAUAUUUAUGAUCUGUAGUAUUUUUGGAGGUCUAGCGAAAACACUGGUAUCCAUGGAACUUUGGAGCCUAACAUGUAUUACUGCCUAAACUUUUAUAUGCCAGGCUAUUUUGGUUGUGUUUUGUGAUAUAUUUCAGCCCCAGUGAGCUGUGCAGAGUGUACCAGUAUUAACACUGGCUAAGUUAAUCACAUAGGCAUAUCAUGGAAAUAUAAAUUGUCAUUUGGCAUAUAAAAAGCUUACAAUAUACAAGGGGUGAGUAACUAUAGAUAUUCUAAACCUUAAAUCCCUGCAUAUAUCUCUAGUAACCAAGAUGACUUAGCUCAGAACUGAAUUUCUGUAGCAAUUGACUAGCCAAAGUUUUAGAAUUCUAUUUCCCUCCAUGCAGUGCCUCAAACAAAAUCAAGCCAUUUCAUUUUAAAAGAAGGAAAUUUAAAAUAUAGGCAUAGGCAAGUCAGAAAUAGGAAAAUAGAAGGAUACUGCAACAGAGGCUAGACAUUGCAAGGGAAUAAAAAAAAAGUCAAGAUGGUUGCAAAGGUGUGACUGGAAAUUAGUUUAUUAAAAUAUACAGUCAUGGGCCAAACACUGGGAUUGAAGCAACAUAUGAACAGGAAGGUACUUCGUGGAUUUAGUUGUGGUUACCACUUUGAGUUUUUGAUCCGCCUCAGAUACUCCUUUGAGUAUCAACCAUAGUUUCUUCCCCAUUCUUACUCACUCAUUACAUUAUGCAUUUGAGUUGUCCUCAUAAAAAUGUUGCCACAAUAUGGAUUUUUGUUCUUAUGGCCAAUAGAGAUGCUCUUAUUUUAAGCUGGCUAUUCCAAAUGAAAUAUUUUUUUAGGAAACGUCAUAUUUGUUUUAUACGAAAUAAUCACACAUUUAAGGAGGUCCUCAUUUGACUGGACCAGUUUAAUUUCAUCUGGCAUUCUGUUUCUGUGGUUUGCAUAUUAUGCUAAGUAAUAUGGUGAUUUGUUUUGUUUUAUUUAUAAGACUGUAUACUGCCUCAUUUGCAAUCAUCUCUUGGUGGUUCACAGUCCAAUAAUAAAUGCAAUAAAAAUAAAUAUUAAGAAAUAAAUAGUAAUAAUGCAAUAAUAUUCUAUCUUAAUAUUAAGUCAUGUUGUAUUUCUAUAAACAGUAUGGACUUCACUGGAUUUCACAUUUUGUGUGAAAUCAACCAUCAUGCAUAUGGAUCAGCAUGAUCAAACAACUACCUGUAGUUUAUUUAAAAACUCUGGCUAAAAGUGAAGUUCAAUUGUUUUGUGGAGCUAGUGCUUCAAGUACCCACUACUGAAAAGCUUCUCCAUUAGAUUCACAAAAGCAAGAUUCUUCUCCCUUUGUCCUCCAGUUAACUUGAUCUAUGAAGUGAAUUGACUAGAAAAUGUUGGUUUUCUAAAAAGACUGUCAGACUUGGCUUUUGACAAUUUUUUUUCCUGCCGAAUCUAAUAUCAUUUUAAAGCAAUCUAAUCUUCCUGAGUGGCAGUGAAUUACAUAAAGGAAUGUUAGAUUGUGCUAAAUUCCUUUUCCGGUCUUGCACCUACCACCCAUCAAUUUCUAUCACUAAUGAGUUCUAGUGCGAUGAGAGAGGGGUAAGCAGAAAAGGAAUGACUCACUUUCUCUACCCCAUGCCUACUUUUAUAAAACCCAUAUCUAUGCAUAUGAGUUCUUAACUCAGAGGCCUUUGGUUUCCUCUUUGCCAGUAAAAUGAAAAAGUUGUCCAUUGCCUCCUUGAGGCAAACAAUAAAUUUGGACAGCAAACUUCAAACCCCAGAAGCUUUGUGGAUUGUUUCCAACUAUCAGCCUAACAGUGAACCAACCGUUAUUGACUAAAGAGAUCUUUCACUCAAACUCCCUUGGGCUUUAAAUUAUUAUUGGUGGUAGAUUCUGCCAAGAUAUUUCUCAUUUUAUUGUGAGAGAUUAUUUUAUUUUUUUCCCUUUCAGCAGUUUGUUCUCACCUUAUGAAAGACAACAGCUUGUCUGUUCACAAGCAAAACAACGAACCAAGCAGAGGGAGUUGCUGUUUUAUGAAAAUGCCUCAGCUUUUGCCUUAUGCUUUAAAAGCCAACCCUAUUUCAUUUGUCUGUAUGAAUCUACAAAUAGAAAAUACUGUUAUCUU